UGUUAGUGUUAGUAAAUAAUAUGUCGUGGGAAGUUUAUAAUGACUAAAUAUGAAUGAGUGGUUGUUGUGUUAGCCGCUUAAUUACACACCCUUACAUUUGAUGUACUGGCGUCGAAUUCUGCUUUAUACUUCUUGAGUACUAUUCAACCAAGAGGAUGCCACACAUGCCAAAACAUUUGCCGCUUCCAAAGGGAGACCACAUUGUUGGUGCCCUCGAUGUCAUGACUGGGCCAAUGAAAGAUGGGACGUUUUUAAGACUGUACUACCCGAUUCCACACUGUGAUGUAACUAACUACAAUAAAAGAUGGCCUGCGUGGGCGGAGAGAACACAAUACGUCGAUUCUUACAUCAAAAUCAUGAGGUGGCCACUGUUUGCAGGGCGUUGGUUAGCUAACUGGCUUAUAGGAGAACUGAAGGUGCCGGUCGUAUGGCAGGCGCCGAUCCUCAGGGAGGAUGGCAGGAAGUUUCCCGUGGUGAUCUUCUCGCACGGCCUCGGCGGCAAUCGCACGACAUACUCCUACCUGUGCAUGGACCUCGCGUCGCACGGCUUCGUGGUCGCGGCUCUAGAACACAGAGACCAGUCUGCUGGUGCAACAUAUUUCUACAACAAGCACAACAUGAGUCAGGUGGACGACAGCGACGAUGAAGCUCCGCUCGUAAUGGAGGAAGAGUGGUUGCCUUACUAUAGGCCAACGAAAGAGGAUGACGAGUUUGAAAUUAGGAGUGAUCAAAAUAUCAUAAGGGCCAAUGAAGUUAAGAAGGCAUAUGACUUGCUACGUGACCUGAACCUAGGGAGACAUAUUCUAAACCAGUGUGAUCCAUCCUUCAGCACUGCACAGUUCGCGGAUGUACUUGAUAUGCAAUCGGGCUGUGGCGUCAUGGGUCACUCGUUUGGUGCUGCUACCAUAAUCAAAGCCAUGGCUGAGGAUAAAAGGUUUAGGGUUGGCGUGGCACUGGAUGCGUGGAUGUUCCCUCUUGCGGAAGAAUGUUACGAACACGUCGAUCAGCCAUUGCUUUUCAUCAACUCUGAGGAGUUUCAGUGGAAGGAGAAUGUGCUGAAGAUACUGAAGUUGGACACGGGAAACGAAGACCGGAAGAUGAUCACCAUAAGGGGAACAGUUCAUCAGAGUGUGUCAGACUUCUCCCUGAUGAUUAGGGGUGUAAUGGGUAAGAUGGUGAAAGCAAAUGGUUCAAAGGAUCCAGAUGCCGUCAUGGACAUUAACAACAGAUCGGCGGUCGCGUUUCUGUGGAAGUACCUUGGAUAUAAGGGCAACGACAGCUUUUGGGCGUACAUCAUGGGGAACAGCCGAGACGUGAUAAUGGGAACGAACGUAAAGUUAUCGAGCGGCAAGUGAAGUGGUUGGCAGUGAUAUCCAUUGGUUGCAGACAGAAGUGCGUACUUGCUUGCUCACACAGGUGUUUACACAUUACAGAUAUAGUUUUCUAGCUUGUACGGCCUGGAAUAGAAAUUUAUUUUUCAUGGUCAUGACUUAGAUGAUUUUUAUAACCAGUAUCAAGAAGAAUGUUGUUUCUUGAAGUUGAAAAGUAAAGAAAAAAUCAUGCAGAGAACUAUAAUUGUUUGAAAAGAUCUAGUGUGUAUACUAGUAGAAUUCUUCCACGUAGCUUAAUGUGAACUUGCUAAAUUUUAAUGUAGAUGUAAAACUGAUUAUGUUGAGGAAAACACUAGCAUAGUAAGUUGCAGCAUUAUAUUCAGUUAAUCAGGGUUUAAAUAUGCUACAUAGAUAUUAACAGUUACAUAAUUCUAUAGAUAAUAACAGCUGCUGAGACUGUGCUGUAUCUGUUGGUGGUAACGUUAGUUAUGCUUUGAAGGUUACCUUUGCAUGCUGCUCGAUCACUUGGUGCUUACAAGGUUUAAUAAUGAUAAAACUGCAGUGUUUUUAAUUUUUACAAUUAAUUUCAGUUAAACUAUGCAUUAUUUAUGCGAUAUAUUAAUGCCGCUGUUAAAUAGUAGUUGGUGAUUAAUAUGAUGUCACUUUUGUUGCAAGCUGCCUGUCUAAAAUAUGCAAAGGCUAGAUGAAAAUUAUGUUCAACAUGUGUACCAUAGUCAUGAUAGGCAGUGCAAUUGCAAUGUGUUAUCAGCUAUAACAAGCAUGAGCAAUUUUGAAAAGCAUGUUUUAGACUUUUGUCCAUUGCUAUUGAACAGUAUAAAAGUUGAUAUGCAGCAUAAAUCAAGAGAGUGGUGUUAUUACAUCUAAAUAGUAGUAUAGUACUGUGUCAGAUGCCGCCUUCGUUACGUAUGUCUGUCCUUGUGCUCAUCCUAGAUUUUCUACUCGAGGGAUGAAGUCUUUGACUCGUGCUGUCCAGUGUCAUAGUUUUUAUAGUUUAUGUCGCAGAACUAGUUUGACAUUUCAUGUAAAUGCCAAGGGCUAAUCAAUGAGCGAUAUUUUUUUAAAGAUAUGAUUGGAAUGUGGGUGAAUAAUUCAUCCAGUGGUAUCGGAUUCACAAUGAACUGUUGUUAUAUGUAAGGAGGAAGUGGAUUAGUGUACACAUAUCAGGAACGUAUGUGUACUUAUUUUUAUGUCCCUUAUUUAAUGUUUUUCUAGAACAUUGCAAGCAUGUAGAAUAGCACCAUAAUGUUUUCUGUGGUCAGGAAUUCAGAAUUCUAGACGGUUUUUAGAAGUGUUCUCACCGUACCACAACUCAAUUGUUCUUAGGUGUGAUGUCACUAACGUGUGACAUAGUUGACUGCAGACACGUGAACACAUGGUGAAGUUAUUAUUUAAUUAAAUUCAAUAAUAAGUAAACAAUUUAAGUUUACAUGUGAAUGUUAUAUGAAAUUUAUAAGUUGUAAUAAUAAGUGAAAUGAAAUGUUAAUUUGUACACGCAGGCACGUCGUCAUCAUGCUUGCACUGUGUAUUCUGCUGCUAUAGUGUGAAAAUGUAUGAAUGGUGAUACCAUAUAUUUAGUGAUAAUUUACCGAACACUUUAAGCAUUGCAUUUACCGUAAAUAGCCUUAAUAUUUUAUAUUUAAAUUGUGAAAAUUGACAAUGAAAAAAGAAUAUUCAAACUUGCAUGUUAUCAAAUUAAAAAGUAGGUGUAAUUAUUUAUAAUUAACAUGAAAUUCUAUGGUGAUAUUGCCAAAGUAACACUGCAGCCAUAGACUGCGGCAUACAAUCGUAAUGUUAAUAUGGUUAUAUAAAUUGUUUUAUAACUUUUCAACAAUUUGUCAAAUUGGCUAUUAUUAUAAGUUAUUUUAUAUAUGAACUUGCAUUUGGGAAAUAAAAUUUGAGUGGUUGAGUUUAAAUUUGGA